AUGUGGUCAUUUGCGAGAUUACAAGCUAUGAUACCAUGGGCAGGAGUGAUUCUUGUUCAAGUUUUAGCUGCAACAAAUUCCUUAAUUACCAAAGCAGCAUUGAACAAAGGAAUGCAAUUUGCGGUUUUUGCUCUUUAUAGAAAUAUAAUAGCUUCUGCAUUCUUAAUCCCUUUGCUAUAUUUUAGAAGAAAUUCAAUACCCAGGAUGAGUAGAAAUGUGAUGUGGAAAAUCGUAAUGCUAACCAUUCUCGAGCCUGUAAUAGACCAAAAUAUCCUUUAUGCUGGUUCAAAGAUGACACCGGCUAGUUUCUCAACAUGUCUUUCUGGGGUCACUCCAUCACUCAUAUUUCUUCUAGCAUGGAGUUUGGGCAUGGAACAAGUGAACUUCAAAGAGAGGCGUAGCCAGGCAAAGUUAUUAGGAACCGUGAUUGCAGCUGGUGGUGCUAUUCUCAUUUGCCUUUACAAUGGACCAGCCAUUGCUGUCUCUUCCAAAUCUCAAACAUCAACUACCCAUGAAGGAUUUACACAGAAUUGGAUUGAAGGUCCCGUGUUUGUCAUCAUCGCGAAUGUCUCAUAUGUUGUUUAUUGCGUUACCAUGGGUAGUGUUCUUGUGGAGUAUCCGUCUCCUCUAACAAUAAUAUCGAUAAUAUCGUUCUUAGGAGCAAUUAUGAAUGUUGGAGUUGCUUUAGGGUUGGAGCUCAAGCAUCCCGCUUCUUGGAUGAUCGGGUGGAAUGUCAUCUUUUUGGCAUAUGUCUACACUGGAAUAAUUGUUUCAGGAGUGAUGGCAUAUAUUAUAAGUGCAUUGACACAAAUGAAAGGCCCGGUUUUUGUGGCAGCCUUUAGCCCAACAUCAAUGGUUCUUGUCAUGGUUAUUGGUUUCCUCGCACUAGGAGAAAGCAUUCAUGUUGGAAGUUUAAUAGGUACAUUCUUCAUUGUUGCGGGUUUGUUCACUCUACUUUGGGGGAAAAGUGGAACUCAACCGCCGCAAUCUGAAGAGGAACCGCGGCGUGAAGAGCAAGAAAUGGAAAGUAUGGCACCAACUGAAACCAUUAUUAAUAGUUUUACUGGCCGUGUUUCAUGGAAAUCCACCGGCCCUAGCUUGACAAAGAUAAAGGAGAGGUUUACUCACCAUGAUCUUUUGGAUAGGGCUUUGCAGACCCAAUUCCAUUAUCUAUUCAAAGCCCCGACAUUAUUUUUUUUCAGGAACCAUAUUUCAUCAGAUGCUUAUCAGAAAAAUCAGCUCAAAUUCGAAGGAGAUAAGGUUCUUGAUCAAUGGUGA